GUGGUUAAACAGCUUAAAUAGUAACCAGUGUUGACAACAGAUCGUUUGUCAGUAUGGAACGCAGAGAGAAACGCGCACAUUUAUCGAAGCAAAGUGAGCUGCAAGCUUUACAAGUUUUAAUCGAAUUCAAACAUAUAUACUGAUUCUGAUUGAUUGUAAUAUGAACACUGUUCUGCUGUUAUCAACGUGAGAGAUAAACCCCAUCGUAAUCAAAUCGUUGCUGUCGGUGUCAGUGCAAGGUUUUAAAUCUUCAAUAGAUCAAUGCAAUUUUUGAACAGCCAGUAGAGUAUGCAAGCCAACAAUAGUAACGAACCAGACAACGUUGGGACACUGAUGGAAUGGAUCAGCAGCCAGCCUCAUCUACCUAAAAUUACAGAAAAAGACGUAAAAAAAUUUCUGCACUGUAACUAUGACGAUGUCGACGGGGCUAAGAAGACGAUCGAGAAUUACUACACGUUCCGUACCAGAUGUACAGAUUUUUUUCUCAGUCGAGAUAUAAAUGAACAGACAAUCCAAACGGCAAUGAAUCUUAUGAUGUUUGCUGUAUUACCUAAACCAUCUCCUGAGGGGUAUCGUAUAGCGUUCUGCCGGUUAAUAGACUCUGAUACUACGAAUUAUGUGUAUUUGCACGCUACCAAAUUUUUAGUUAUGUGCUUAGAUCUCUGGAUGGAAGAGGAAUGCUUCGCCCCAGGGCACAUUAUAAUUAUUGAUAUGGAAGGAAUGCAUUUAGGUCAUAUGGCCAAGAUGAAAAUCUCAGUAAUGAAAAACUAUACUUAUUACACCCAGGAGGCACUACCAAUAAGGAUAAAACAGUUACAUUUUCUGAAUGUUGUUCCAUUUAUGGAUAAACUUAUGUUUUUGAUGCGACCUUUCCUACAACAAAAAAUUUUGGAUGCAGUAAAUUUUCAUACAACUUUAGAAUCAAUUUUCAAAUCGAUUCCGCUAGAGUGUCUACCGUGUCAAUAUGGUGGAGAAGCCGGAAAUCUAGAGAAUCUUAGAAGAAACUAUAACUUGAAACUUGUCAAAAAUCGCAACAAGUUUAUAGAAGAAGAAGCGAAAUACUUAGUAGACGAAACAAAACGUAUUCCUGCACCACGACGCUUCAUGUUUGGAUUGUUUCACAGGAAGGCCUAGUUUAAGAACACUAAAUUUUAACCCUAUGACAUCGCACCACGUUUCAAGGGCUAACAUCUUAACGUACGUGUAAACUAGAUAGCAUAUCACCGGCACUUUUCAGACACCUUUUAUCUAAUGGCUGACAGCGGGCACAAAUGAGUUUGAUCGGUAUAUCAAUUAAAGACUAUUUAAUGAAGUUAUCAAGAAGCAUAUUCGCUCUUUUAUGUUACACUGGUUUUGAUUUAUUUCACGUAGACAUAGAGUUAAAGAAAUGCAUUGUUCAUAUCAAAACGUCAAUAUUUCAUAAUUCAUCUAGACCAAGAAAGUGCGAAGUUCGUAU